AUGCCGCGCGCGCCCCGGUGCCGGGCCGUGCGCGCGCUCCUGCGUAGCCGCUACCGCGAGGUGCUGCCCCUGGCGACGUUCGUGCGGCGCCUGGGGCCCGAGAGCCGCCCGCUCGUGCGGCGCGGGGACCCAGCCGCCUUCCGCGCUUUGGUGGCGCAGUGCCUGGUGUGCGUACCCUGGGACGCGCAGCUGCCCCCCGCCGCGCUCUCCUUCCGCCAGGUGUCCUCCCUGAAGGAGCUGGUGGCCCGGGUGGUGCAGAGGCUGUGCGAGCGCCGCGUCAGGAACGUGCUGGCCUUCGGCUUCGCGCUGCUGGACGGCACCCGCGGCGGCCUGCCCUGGCCCUUCACCACUUGCGUGCGCAGCUACCUGCCCAACACUGUGACGGAGACGCUGCGCGGCAGCGGUGCGUGGGGGCUGCUGCUGCGCCGGGUGGGCGAUGAUGUGCUCGCGUAUCUGCUGUCGCGCUGUGCGCUUUAUCAGCUGGUGGCCCCGAGCUGCGCCUACCAGGUGUGCGGGCCGCCCCUCUACGAGCUCUGGGCCAGCCCCCAGCACCAGCUUGCACCACCACACAGAGGCAGAAACCGCAUAGGCCUCGAAACCACGCGACGUGUCUGGAGUGGCUGCCACGGCGAGGCCGGGGCGCCCCUGUGCUCGCCAGCCCGGAGUUUAAGGCGGUGGCGAAGUAGUGCACAUGGAAAUCCACCAUUGGCCAAGAAGCCAAGGUGCACGCUUCCCGAGCAGGUAUCCAGGGCAGUCGGUGGUGAUCCCCACAUGGACGGUAGGAGCUCAGAGCUUGGGCGUCCCAGGGCCUCCACUGAUGUGACCUACCAGCACAAGGCCGGUCGCCCAUCCGUGCAGCAGAGACUGCCUCCCCAGGGCUCUGGGCCCGCGCAGCUCUACGUGGAGACGCAGCGUUUCCUCUACUGCAGUGGGGACCAGGAGCAGCUGCGUCCCUCUUUCCCGCUCAGCUCCCUGCCGCCCAGCCUAGUGGGGGCCCGGAGGCUGGUAGAGGCCAUCUUCCUAGGCUCCCCAUCCCGGCCUGGCCGCAGAACGAGCCGCCUGCCUGCGCGCUACUGGAGGAUGCGGCCCUUGUUCCGGAAGUUACUGACAAACCACGCGCGGUGCCCCUACCAUGCGCUGCUCUGCGCCUACUGCCCGCUGCGGGCGCCCCCAAGCCAGGUCUCGGACUCCCAAAGCCUGCUGCCACUUCUGCGCCAACACAGCAGCCCGUGGCAGGUGCUGGCCUUCCUGCGCGCCUGUCUGCGACGCCUGGUGCCCGCGAGUCUCUGGGGCUCCCGGCGGAAUGAGCGCCGCUUUCUGAGGAAUACCAAGAAGUUGGUCUCGCUGGGGAAGCACGGCCGGCUCUCACUGCAAGAACUGACCUGGAAGAUGAGGGUGCAAGACUGCACCUGGCUGCGCAGGGGUCCAGGGUGCAGCUGUGUCCCAGCCGCCGAACACCGGCUGCGGGAAGGGAUCCUGGGCCGCUUCUUGUUCUGGCUGCUGGACACCUGUGUGGCUGGGCUGCUCGGCUCCUUCUUCUACGUCACCGAGACCACGUUCCAGCGGAACCAACUCCUUUUCUACCGCAAGAGCGUGUGGUGCAGGCUGCAAGGCAUGGGCGUCAGGCAGCACCUAGAGCGUGUGCGGCUGCGCGAGCUGUCAGAUGCUGAGGUCCAGCGCUGGCGCCAGGCCUGGCCACCGCUGCCUGAGGCUAGGUUGCGUUUCAUCCCCAAGCCCAGUGGGCUACGACCCAUCGUAAGCGUGGACUCCAUGGCAGGGGCCAGGACCUUCCGCAGGGAGAAGGUGAGCAUGCGUUGGACUUCACACAUCAAGACACUUUUCAGUGUGCUCAACUACGAGCGGGCGCAACGGCCAGGGCUGCUGGGGGCCUCUGUGCUGGGCCUGGAUGACGUCCACCGUGCCUGGCAGGCCUUCACAUUACGCAUGCGGGCCCAGGACCCGCACCCCCAGCUGCAUUUUGUCAAGGUGGACAUCACAGGGGCGUUUGACACCAUCCCACAGGACAGACUGGUGGCUGUAAUGGCCCGUGUCCUGCAGCACUCAGAGAGGACCUACUGCGUGCGUCGCUUUGCCACUGUGCGCCGAGCACCCCUAGGCUGCAUCCACAAAUCCUUCAAGACACACGUGUCCACCCUGGAGGACCACCAGUCGUACAUGCGGCAGUUCGUGGAGCACCUGCAGGAGAGCAAGUCCCUAAGGGAUGCUGUUGUUGUUGAGCAGAGCUGCUCCCUGAACGAAACCAGUGAUGACCUGUUCGCCUUCUUCCUGCGCUUUGUUCACCAAAGUGUUAUCCAUGUCGGGGGCCGGUCCUACGUGCAAUGUCAGGGGAUUCCACAGGGCUCCAUGCUGUCCACACUGCUCUGCAGCCUGUGCUAUGGGGACAUGGAGAACUCGCUGUUUGCCAGUAUCCAGCAGGAUGGGGUGCUCCUGCGCUUGGUGGAUGACUUCCUGUUGGUGACUCCGGACCUGACACAAGCAAAAGCCUUUCUCAGGACCCUGGUCCAAGGCGUCCCCGAAUAUGGCUGCCAGAUAAACGUGGAGAAGACAGUGGUGAACUUCCCAGUGGAGGAGACAGCACUGGGUGGCCAGGCCCCCCUACAACUGCCUGCCCACUGUCUGUUUCCCUGGUGCGGCUUGCUGUUGGACACCCGGACCCUCGAGGUGUCCUGCGACUACUCCAGCUUCGCAGGAACGUCUGCCAGGUCCGGCUUCACCUUCAACCCCGGCCCCCAGGCUGGGAGGAGCCUGCGGCACAAGCUCCUGGCCAUCCUGCGGCUCAAGUGUCAUGGGCUGUUCCUGGAUCUGCAGGUGAACAGCCUUCACACCGUCUGCGUGAACUUGCACAAGAUCCUUCUGCUGCAGGCCUACAGGUUCCAUGCGUGUGUGCUCCGGCUUCCAUUCAACCAGCAGGUGUGCAGUAACCCAUCCUUCUUCCUGAGGGUCAUCUCAGACACUGCGUCCUGCUGCCACUCCAUCCUGCAAGCUAAGAACCCAGGGAUGCUGUUGGGGGCCAGGGGUGCCUCUGGCCCGUUCCCCUUGGAAGCCGCCCGCUGGCUGUGCUAUCACGCCUUCCUGCAGUGGCUGGGCCGCCACAAAGCCUCCUACAAGUGCCUGUUGCCGGCACUCAGAACAGCCCAGGCCCAGCUGCGUCAGAAGCUGCCCAAGGCCACCCUGAGCGCCCUGGAAGCUGCAGCUGCCCCAGCCCUGACCACGGACAUCAAGGCCAUCCUGGAUUGAAACCCUGCCAGCCCCACACGUCUGACACCGUGAGGGGUGGGGCUUGGUCUGUCUUCCCUGCUGUCCAUCCAUCAAAGCGCCAGGAAGAGCUGACCGUGGACAGUGAGCCUGACUGUGAGUUCCUGCCCCAUGAGACGCACCCUUGCCAGGCAUCCUGCCCCAUUCCUCCUACUGCAUCCAAAGUCCAGACUCCCUGAAGCAAAGUGCUGAUCAACUCUUCAGGCCUCACCCAGUCCUGCCACUGCCCUGUCCCUGCUCUGGCCACAGUGUCCAGCACACCCUGCCAGCCGCCCCCAGCAACACCUUGGGCUUCCAUCCCCUGGGUAUGCCGGGAGCAGGUGCAAGGAUUCUAGAACUUAAGGGCCGGCUGUGUGGCCCCCACAGGAUGGCCAGGGACCAGCCCCUUGGGAUAGGGCAGCCCCGUGCCUGAGCUGGCCUCAGGGGGAGCCAAGAGUUGAUGCUAUGGUAAGGCUUUGUGUAGAGCCAGUGGCCUUGGAACACACGGGAGGUAGCUCUCAGCAGGCCUCAGCUGGGCCAGCAUGCUUCCUACAUAAGGAUCAGGCUCCAGCUGCCCAUGGUCCCUGAGCUGACUGCUGAGGGCAGCCUUGUCCACAUGUUGGGGGUGAACCCAUAGGUCCUGGGUGGCCUUGUCCACAUGCUAGGGGCGAGCCCAUAGGUCCUGGGUGGCCUUGUCCAUAUGCUGGGGGCGAGCCCAUGGGCCCCGGGUGGCUUUGCCCACAUGAUGGGGGUGAACAGCGGGGGAUCUUCCUUUUUCCAGAGAGCCCCUCUCACCACAUGACAGCUCCAGACUUGGUGAGGAAGCAGCCACCCACCUUGGCAGGAGCCAAUAUUUACCUGACAUUUCAGCAGUUGGGAGUGCUUCCCCAAGUUUCUGGGAUGCUCCCAAUGGGGACACUGACAUGGACCUUGUACCCAUUGCCUGCCACACCCACGAGGCAUCCUAGUAACUGAGCUCUGGACCCAGGCCACCAAGUGUGUCCUAAGUGUCUGCGGCACCUGCAGAGCCCAGGGCAGAGGC